CAUUUAGCUUUAGUUCAGAAAAAAAUAUGGGUGUAAAAGGCAAGUUAAUUGGUUCAGUAGAGGUGAAAUGUGGAGGACACUUGGUUCAUGAUAUUUUUCACACCAAUACUCAUCAUAUACCCAAUAUUUGUCGUGAUGGAAAAGAUAAGAUUGCUAAGCAAUUGAUUGAUGCCGUUGAUCCUCAGAAGAAAUCAAUCACUUGGAGAGUAAUUGGAGGAGACCUGCUAGAGUUGUAUAAUUCCUUCACUACUAUUAUAUCAAGUGACCAUCAAUGGACUACAUGGACAUUUGUGUACGAGAAGAAAACUGAAGAAACCCCAGAGCCACUUGUUCUUUUGGGUUUUGCCCUCGAUCUGAUCAAAGAUAUUGAGGGUCACCUUCUCAAGAAAUAGAACAUCUAUGUUAUUUGGUGGAUAUAAACACAUGCAGAUAUAUCUAUGCCUGAUUUUAUAUCCACUUAUAUGUUUGUUUGUGUGAUGAAUAUUUGGCAAUAUCUGCUAGUUCUUGUUAGCAUGUGGGAAUAAAUAAUGUUGUACAUGAAGAAUAUAUAUAUGCCACUCUCCUUCUAUGGAUGUAUUUCUAUUUUCUAAUGGUCAAUAUAUGUAAGAUAUUCUGAAAUUUGCAAGUUCGAAAUAAACAAAGGAGAUAUAUUUAUCAAUGUGCUUGUAAUGAUUUGGUUGGUCAAUUUUGGAAAUCUACUUAAAAUUAUCAUUU